AUGAAUGCCAAUGAUGGGUCCUCUUCAAACCUGGAAAGUUCAAAUGAGAACAAAAAGAAUACGAAAGAAAGUACUGAGGACGAAAAUGAAAAUCCCGGAGAGAAAGUAGUGAUAAAUACGGAUGGAACAAAUUGUGAUAUUAAAAUUCUGGAAGAAGAGCCAGAGUGUUCAGAAAAUAAAAUUGAAUCAUCUUUAGAACUGCCUUUGGAACCAACCCUUCACGAACGAUUUUUGCGUAUUAAACAAAUCGUGAAGGACGCUAUAACUGCCCAUCAUACUUUUAUGAUUUAUGGCAAGUCACGGGUCAUUCGCGAUUGCAUGCUGAAAAGAGGCUGGUGCGAGAAAUUUUAUCGUAGAAACAGCGGCGGUAAUAAAUCACUCGGCAACCUCACAACUUCUAAUAGACUUUUUUACUUUAAUGAAAAAACUGAACAUUUGUACUUUAUAAUUUAUAACUUACAUUUUUCAAAAAUGAUAAUUAUUGCAGUUGAUCAGCAUUUUAGCGUCGAAUCCAGCCCGGUAGUUUUAUUAGCUGGGAUCGGUGAUUUGAAGGAUCACCCAAAUGAAUAUUUAUUGAUAUCAAGAAUGCUUACUAAUCAUACUGUUGACUUCCUCUGGAACACAGGGUCCGAUUGGCCCGGCUGGCCCGGGCAAGAUAACAAAACUACUGUGUUCAAUCGAUAUUGUCGAGCUGGUUUUACGUCCAAGGUGGGCUUGUGUUCAAGCGUCAGACAAAUGCAUUGGUAUUACGAAGCUGGAGUGGCCAACACUUUAUUUCCACGUUGCUACAACAUAUGUCAGAACGAUCAGAUGCACGCCUUUGUCGAGGAUUUCCGACUUACAGGUUGCUUGAGUCUCUUGAAAUGGCUAGUGGAUAAAGUCAACAUCGAGGACGAAGAAGUUGUACGUUCACCAACUGGUACAAUACCUCUCAAGGCUCUCGAUUUUGCAAUUAAAAGAUGUAAUGAUUAUAUCAGUGCCCAAUCACAUGAAGAUAUCGAUCAAGAGGCUGAAAGAGUCUGGUCUCAUCAAUGGGAUCAAUUUAUUAGCUGGUAUUACCAAAUUAUUCAUGGUCAAGCUCUCUUCAUUCGCACCAAUGUACCUUUUAAUAAAUAUGUUCUAGCUUCAAAGCACAUAUUAAAAAAGAUGAGAAAGUAUUGGCCGCAGAUAGAUAUGGAUGGCAUAAUGAACAUGUGGAUCCUGAAACCUGGAAACAAAAGCCGAGGACGCGGUAUCGUUCUAAUAAACAAAUUGGAGGACGUAAUGGCGAAAGUAAAUCAAACAGGCAAACCAGACACACGAUACGUUGUGCAAAAGUACAUCGAACGACCGUUAUUAAUUCACAAUACAAAGUUCGACAUAAGACAAUGGUUCAUCGUGACAUGCGCUCAACCUUUAACUCUCUGGAUGUACAGGGAGAGUUAUCUCCGUUUUUGCUCGCAAAAGUUCAAUCUGGAUGACUUUCACGAGUCGAUCCACCUGUGCAAUCACGCGAUUCAAUGCAAAUACAAUAACUGCGGCGACAGGGACCCCGCUCUACCCGCGGAUAAUAUGUGGGACGCCACGACAUUCAAAGAGUUUCUCAAAUCUCAAGGUCACGAUAACGUAUGGGAUGAGCUAAUCUAUCCUGGAAUGAAGCAAGGUCUGGUGGGCUCGUUAUUGGCUAGUCAAGAGGCUAUGGAUCGACGGAAAAAUAGUUUCGAAUUAUAUGGUGCUGAUUUUAUGAUCAUGGAAGACUUUUCUGUAUGGCUGAUCGAGAUCAACAGUCAUCCGGACAUGAGUUAUUCCACUAGUGUCACUACGCGAUUAUGUCGACAGGUGAUGGAAGAUACCAUUAAAGUCGUGAUAGAUUUUCGAGAAGAUAAAACUACAGAUACCGGAGGUUUUGAAUUAGCAUACAAACAACGAAUGCCGAGCUGCCAACCCUAUUUGGGAGCCGCUUUGUCGCUUCAGGGUACUCGUCUUACCACUUGCGAAAAGAAAUUGAGUUUGAAUCAAGAUUCCAAAACCAGCUUAAUCGCAAAAUCUCCGAUGACGAAAAAAAAAUCGAUAGCGCACAACAAUAUCGGGCCGGUAAUCGUCGAUCUUAUCGAGGAACUAGAGAUCCAGCUUGAUCAAGAGUUGAAUUCUUAUUACAACACGGACUCGCCUAAAUCGAGACUGGCACUUCCGGCGACAGCACCAACGAAGUCUUCAAUUUCUGAUGAGAAAGAAAUUCUCACAAAGAGCACUUCGGCAAAUGCAAAACCUAUCAAUAAGAUAAAGUCGUCAACUUUAUCUAAAACUAACGUUCAGAAUAAUCAGAUUAAACCUUCGAGAAAUGGAAAAUCUUCUCCGCAUAAACCGGCACGAAAGUUACGUACAUUCGACACUGCAAGUAGCAAAUUAGAUGCAUCUCCGACGAGACAAACAUUGAUAUCAAAGAUUAUGGCUCUUCAGGAGCAAUCGGCGAACGUGAUGCUUAAAUCUGAAAAACCAUUGAGAAAAAAUGAAGAGAAGAUCAUCAAAACUGCGAUGCAAGAUGCUGUGAAAAAGUACAAAAGAAACGUAACGACUUCACCACAAGUACCGUCACUGCCGACCCUUAUGCCAACAACAAAAGCCAUCUCUGCGUCAACGAUUAAGAAUAAAAUCCGCAGCUUUCCGAAAAAACGAAUGCAUCAUAAGAAAAAUAAAGUUCUAGGAGAUAUCACCGACAUGUAUGCUGUCGGUUUAAGUCUGACAAAAUAAUCAGAAAAUCUAUCAAUCGCGCUUGUUAUUUAUUCGUUAUCUAUCUCUUUACUCUUUACUGUUGAUCAAUUCUCGAAUUCUAUCUACACAAGUGAUAUAUGUAUACAAUCAAUAAAUGUUAUCGAUAUACUACUAAUAAUUUACUCAUAC